AUGCUAACCUCUCUAGUCUCCCUUCUCGCGUUAACGGUCAGCGCCCUGGCUACCAAGGCGAGUGGUACCUUCCGUUCUCCCAUCGCCACGCCCAUCUUCCAGGUCGAGCCUCUCACCUACUUACCCGUCAACGUAUCACUCCCCGGCGGCGGUGGUAUUGCAGCUGUUCCAAACCUGGGUGGCACCAUUACUGGUCUGUUCGAUGGAGAGAUAGUCGGGAAUGUGACUGGCGCAACAGAGACUUUGCUUCCGGCUGGCACUGGGGAGUACACUCACUAUGAAAACAAACUAAUCUUCACCAACGACGCCGAAGACCGCAUCUUCCUCUCCAUGGACGGGAAAAUCACCUAUGCCGACAAUGCGUUGCAUGGGUUUGGGUACGCCACAUUUCAAACAACCAUCCCCGGCCUCGAGUGGACAAACUACGCUAUGUUUGUGGUAGAGUGGAUGGCGGAUUUCUUUACCAGUCAUGGCGAGGCUGAGAUCUUCUAUAUUACUACGGGUGGGAGAAUUGAUGGGAAGCCUAUUGAUGCGCUUUUGCCGCCAAAGAGGAGAUGA